ACCGUCCCUUCAUUAACUCAACUGUAUUUACACCAUCUCAUCUACAUAACCCGCAUCUUAGAUCCAACUCCAAAUCACUCAAACAACACCAAUGGAUGCCACUUUCUUACAAACCCUAAAAACCCAACCUUCAUGGGUCACUAUUCUCUUCACAUUAGGUUCUAUAUCUUUCUUAAAGAUUUCAGUCACAAUUCUCAGAUGGGUGUAUGUUAAUUUCUUGAGACCACCAAAGAACAUAAAGAAAUAUGGAUCAUGGGCUCUUGUUACAGGCUCAACAGAUGGUAUUGGUAAAGCUUUUGCCUUUGAGUUAGCCAAGAAAGGUGUCAACUUAAUCUUGGUGGGUAGAAACCCUAAGAAGCUAGAAGAUGUUUGUACUGAGAUUCAAUCAAAGUUCCAGAAAACCCAGAUCAAGAAUGUUGUUUUUGAUCUUUCUGGUGAUUUGACUGAGGGUAUUAAGAGGAUUAAUGAAGCUAUUGAAGGGUUAGAUGUUGGGGUUUUGAUUAAUAAUGCUGGGGUUUCUUAUCCUUAUGCUAGGUUUUUUCAUGAAGUGGAUGAUGAAUUGUUGAAUAAUUUGAUUAAGGUUAAUGUUGAAGGGACUACUAAAGUGACACAAGCUGUGUUACCUGGGAUGUUGAAGAGGAAAAAAGGUGCUAUUGUUAAUAUUGGGUCUGGUGCUGCUAUUGUUAUCCCUUCUGAUCCUUUGUAUGCUGUUUAUGCUGCUACGAAAGCGUAUAUCGAUCAGUUUUCGAGGUGUUUGUAUGUUGAAUACAAGAACAGUGGGAUUGAUGUACAAUGCCAGGUUCCGUUAUAUGUAGCUACAAAGAUGGCAUCUAUCAAGAGAUCAUCCUUCUUUGUACCGUCAGCAACCGGGUACGCAAAGGCGGGGCUACGGUGGUUGGGUCAUGAGCCACGGUGCACACCUUACUGGCCUCACUCGAUCAUCUGGGGCCUGCUGUACUCACUGCCGGAGUUUGCAGUGGAUUCAUGGCGCCUGGGCUUUUGUCUCAAGAUCAGGAAAAGAGGACAACUCAAAGAUUCGAGGAAAAAAGAUUCGUAGAUGCUUGAUUUAUGUUUAAUAAUUAUGAUGAAUUUGUUUGGAGUUCAUAUGUUGUAUCUUUACCAAGAACUUGUAAGGGUUGUUUAGUUAUUUAUUGGCCUUCUUACACCUGAA